AUGCCGCGUCCCCUUCGUGCGCUGCUCCCAGCAACGGAGCGCUCCAGCUCCGCCUCAGAUGCAGCUGCGUCGUCUAAGAGGAAGCGCUCACAGGCAGUCGUUGCUUGUGAGGCAUGCCGCAAGAAGAAGUCAAAGUGUGAUGCCGAGCGGCCAACCUGCCGGAGCUGCGAACUGCGCGGCUCCGAGUGCGUCUACGAUGCGGAUCCAGCCGAGACACGCGGCCAGGCGCUGCGGCGCAAGUUCAACGCGCAGCAGCAUAAGCGCGGCGUCCACGAAGAGUUCCACCAGAUGCUUCGCUUCCGCCCCGAGGUCGAAGUGGUCGAGAUCCUGCGCCGCGUCCGUGCCGGAGUAACUAUCGAAGACAUUGUGCGCCACGCCCGCUCGGGCGAUCUGCUCCUCCAGCUGUCUGUCAGCCCCGAGAGACACUAUCACUACAGCUUGGGCCGCGUGCUCAACAUCCCCGAUUUCCUCAGGGCCAGCAACCAAUACACGACGUCUCUAGUCUACCGCAAAAGCUUCGAUCCCAAGUGGCACUGGUCGUCGCCGCCUCAGCUCCCGCCCAACGUGGCAGACUAUCGUGCUCUGUACGAAGCGCCGUUCCAUGUUGCGGAGAUGGUCGAUGCCGACAUUGACGCGGCGGAGCCGUCCAAGUGGACGUCUGUCUCGUCUGAUGACGCGCUGCUGCGUGAUAUUCUCAAGUCCUACUUCAUGCGCGAGUACCUCUUCUUUCCGUUCUUCCACAAGGACUCCUUUCUCCAAGACAUGAUCUCUGGCCGACGUCGCUUCUGCUCGUCGCUGCUCGUAAACGCUGUUCUCAUGGCCAGCUGUCAUAAUUACAGCAAACUCCAGGGCCGGUCCGAAUUCUGGAACCCCGAGUCUUUGACUUAUCGCUUCAUAGCUGAGACACGACGCCUCUGGGAGCUGGAAACCGACGAAAAGUCGAUAACUAGAGUACAGGCCGCCUUGAUUCUCCAAGGCCAGUACAGCAUAAAUGGGCUAGACAAGAUAAGCUGGCCUUACAUCAUCCAAGCGGUAGCCACGUCUGAGGAAAUUGGCCUCUUCACUACCUAUAUCCGUCCGAGCAGUCGAAAGUGGAGGGCUGUGCAGGAGAUAACAGCAUGGAUCGUGUUUUCGUAUCAAGCUAUGCUGUGCCUCCAUUUACACAGGCCACCGCUCAUUACAACACGUCCUGCGUUAGCACUCCCGGACAACCCAGAGGCGUAUGGAGAGAUCUGGGUCAAAUAUCCAACUGCCUCCACACCGGUGCCUCUCCAUUUGGGGCAGAUCUUCAAGACCAACAUAGGAUUUCGCACCAUCUUAUUCGACAUCUUAUGUAGCCUGCUUCCUUCACCUUCGGCAUUAGAAGGGAAGAAGAUACUGCUUUCGGUAAAUCAAGCAACGGAAUACCAUUCUAGGCUCCGAAAGUGGUACGAAGAACUACCAAGCUAUCUCAGCUCACAAAAUCUGAUACUUCCUGUACAUUUCGAUAUACAUAUGCAUUAUUGGUUCACCACGGCCCGGCUAUUUGAACAAGUUAGCGUUAUAGAAGAAGGUGAAGAUGCGGACUCCCCGCCAAUGGAAGAAAGCACCGGGAAAAUAAUCACCGGUGCGCUGGCAAAUCUACAAACACUCAUCCGGCUCUACUAUUCCUGCCAUGGCAGCGACUCAUACGACCCGUUUCUCGUUGCCAUGUGUUCAUAUAUUGGCUUCGGCGCGCUUCAUGCCAUUUCCCUGUUAGACGAUUCGGCCUCCGCAGUUCGUGAAGCUCACGAGUCAACGGCGCUUCUAUGCGCGGGCGUCCUCCACGACCAAAGCACCAAUGCCUACAUCUUUGAUAUCGUCUUCCGCCUCAUGCAGCAGAGUCUUCCGCCCGCCGUAGCUGCCGAGCUAGUCCGUUUUUUCCAUAUCAGCGAUGUUAAUCAGUCCAAAGCAGCUGUUAUAUCGCGCCACGUCCAGUCGUCCUGGCCAGUGACCGUGGCAAUGAAGCCCGGUAAUACUGAAGAUCGCCGGCUCGACAACUUGCUCCGGGCUAUCAAGGAGCUUUCUGUCGACGACUCGGACGACGCGGCAACGCCCUAA